AUGCGACUAUUCGUCAUCCUUCGCACCGUAUUCUUUUUGGUUCUACUGGCUGCGAGCUCACUGAUUGUGCUCCAUUCGAAAUUGUGCAUUAAUUAUGUGCCACAUGAGCUCGAGGGAUUCUUGAAGAAAUGCCAAGCUGCGGUUGAGUCGAUUUCUCAGGUCCAAAUGGAACCGAUCGUUUUGACAAAUUGGACAGAUUUUCCAAAUCGAACGACGCGUUCGAUUUCCGAGGGAGAUGAAGUUCGAAUUAACGAAACUGAUACGUCGGAAUUCGAUGUUGAUGAAAUGGAAGGACUACUCGAAAAUAUUACGGUAGCUGACAAAUGGCAUCGGAUGUAUUUGAAGAAUAAGGAUGAGAUGAUUACGGUCAAUUUCUCUAUCAAUCAUAUCGUCAGUGGCUCCGAACCGAAAUACGUGGACAUUAUCUCUCCACUCCGACUCACUCUAAUCCUCACUGUCACUUCGUUGUUGCUGGCGAUUCUGGAUAUGAGCUUGAGAAUUUUCAUCAAGCAAUUUUCAUUUAUCCAAUCCUUGGCUCACACGUUCAUUCAGUUGGCUCUAUGGGGAGCCAUUCUGGUGAAUAUGGAGAUGUAUCGACGCAACUGGACCCAGAACUGGCUGAAACUUGGUCAAACACCCACUGAAAUCCCAAUGUACCCGGUGGAAUGGGAAAAUUUCGAGUUCUACGCGUUCUUCAUAAUGCUCUUGACGAUUUUGGAUAUUUUGCUCAUUGAGCAUUUGUCGAAAAGAGUGAAACUGAUGAAAAGUCAAGGCGUCUACAAGUGCAUUGAUCAGGAUGCCAAUUGA